AUGGCCCCAGCUCUCCUUCCUGCCCUCCCCAGCAGGAUGUCUCUGAGAUCGCUCAAAUGGAGCCUCCUGCUGCUGUCGCUGCUGAGCUUCCUGGUGAUGUGGUACCUCAGCCUGCCCCACUACAAUGUGAUCGAGCGCGUGAACUGGAUGUACUUCUACGAGUAUGAGCCGCUCUACCGGCAGGACUUCCGCUUCACCCUUCGUGAGCACUCCAACUGCUCUCAUCAGAGCCCGUUCCUGGUCAUCCUGGUGACCUCUCACCCCGCAGACGUGAAGGCCAGACAGGCCAUCCGGGUCACGUGGGGUGAGAAGAAAUCCUGGUGGGGUCACGAGGUGCUUACGUUCUUCCUGUUAGGUCAGCAGGCCGAAAAGGAAGACAAAAUGUUCACGCUGUCCCUCGAGGAUGAACACCUGCUCUAUGGCGACAUAAUCCGGCAGGACUUCGUAGAUACCUAUAAUAACCUGACGUUGAAAACCAUCAUGGCGUUCAGGUGGGUCACCGAGUUCUGCCCCACCGCCAGGUACGUCAUGAAGACCGACACUGAUGUGUUCAUCAACACUGGCAAUUUGGUGAAGUACCUCUUGAACUUGAACCAAUCAGAGAAGUUCUUCACCGGCUAUCCUCUGAUCGACAAUUACUCCUACAGGGGCUUUUACCAGAAGGCCCACAUUUCCUACCAGGAGUAUCCAUUCAAGGUGUUCCCACCCUACUGCAGCGGGCUGGGUUACAUAAUGUCUCGGGAUCUGGUGCCCCGGAUCUACGAAAUGAUGAGCCACGUCAAACCCAUCAAGUUCGAAGACGUGUACGUCGGCAUCUGUUUGAAUCUGCUGAAGGUGGACAUUCACAUUCCAGAAGACACAAAUCUCUUCUUUCUGUACAGAAUCCACUUGGAUGUCUGUCAGCUCAGACGUGUGAUCGCCGCCCACGGCUUCUCUUCCAAAGAAAUCAUCACUUUCUGGCAGGUGAUGCUAAGGAACACCACAUGCCAUUACUAAUGCCCCUCGUCCCCAAGCCUAGAGGGCAGGAUGCUUUGUCCUGGGAAGGGGUCAGGUUGGCGCCCUGUCCAGCUCAAAGGCAGGUCCAAGGCUGGCCUGUGCUGAGCUGAAACUCCUGAUGAGGCGGUGGACCAGAUGCUGGAUGGCUCCCCUAUAUUGUGAUGUGUUUAGAUGCAAACCCAAGUUAGUCCUUUGCAGAUGACAGUCGGAGGACUUCAGCACCUUCUAAAGCAAUCAGAGGUUUUUGACGACCAAAGUAAUAGGACCAAACAAUCUGACCACAUUUUUCCAGAGACUGUAAUUUCUUAAAACUCUCUUCCUGAGCAGCAGGCUCACUAGUCUGUAACAACAAAGCUGUGUGGAGCUGUGUUUAUUAAACAUUAAUGUGUAUCUUACAUGAAUUAUUAUAUAAUGUGGAUAUUAUAUAUAGUUCUGUGUGAAAAACUUGAUUGGCGUUAGACUGAACACAACAUUUGUCAAUUUUGGGUCAUUCAGGAAGUACUUGAAGAUGUUGCAGUAUUUCUACGUUACCUAUUAUUAUUUAGUGUUACUUCGAACAUUCGGGGUAUUUAAGUGUUACGGUGAUUUCAGUGCUGUACAAACAGAAUAGUGCAUUAUGUGUUCCCAUCUGAACUCUGUUCUAGUUGCUUUGCCAGUCUAUUCAUUUCCAGCCAUCCUGUGGAUGUGCAA